GCAGCAUGGCGAUACAGCGACUGCAAAGGCAGCUGGGCGCACGACGAGGUGAGCUUCAGGGACAUGGCAGGCGGUGAUUCUCCUGUAGAGGGGAAUUCCAAGGUGGAGGGGCAGGGGCAGUCAAAGGGGCACGCCCACCUUGCAAGCUCCGAGGUUUGCCAGACACCUCCAGCUCUGCGACUCCACAACCCGCUCUGCCGGCCUUUCUCCAGAAAUUGUCUCUCCCCACCCACCGCUGACCAGUGACCAACCCUUCUCCGGCCCCCUGUUAUUCUGUGUGGACACGCGGUAGCACGUGUCGACCGACGAGCUCGGCGCCGGAUGCAUGUCUGGCGGCGUCACACAAUUGAAGCAUGAGGGCUCGCACCGGCAGACCAUCAUCGCCGGCGCCAUCGCUGGACUCGUGUCGCGCUUCGUGAUCGCGCCGCUCGACGUCAUCAAGAUCCGCCUCCAGCUUCAAGUCCACUCCCUCUCCGACCCCCUGAGCGUGCACGGCAUCAAGGGCCCCAUCUAUCGAGGAACUCUGGGUACCUUCAAGGACAUCGUGCGAGAUGAGGGUAUCAGAGCAUUGUGGAAGGGCAAUGUGCCUGCCGAGGCCAUGUACCUUGCCUAUGGGAGCGUCCAGUUCUCAGCAUACAAGCAUGCCUCGCAGUUCCUCAGCCGCAUAACGCAACCCUACCAGUUCCCGGAUGCUGCCAAUUCCUUCAUCAGCGGCGCCAUAGGCGGUGCCUGUGCAACGACGGCGACCUACCCUCUCGACCUCCUGCGCACGCGUUUCGCCGCCCAGGGACCCGAGGCCGUCUACAGCUCCCUGCGGGCGUCAAUCCGGCAAAUAGCAAAGGAAGAGGGUCCUACGGGUUUUUUCCGUGGCCUGGGAGCCGGAGUGGCCGGCAUCGUGCCGUACAUGGGCCUCUUCUUCACCAGCUACGAGGGCCUGAAGCCCGUCCUCGCCACCUCCUCCAUCCCCAUGCCAUUCGGGACCUCGGACGCCGUGGCCGGGGUCAUCGCGAGCGUGCUGGCCAAGACGGCAGUCUAUCCCCUCGAUACGACGCGCAAGCGCCUGCAGGUCCAAGGCCCGAUGCGCCAACGGUAUAUCCACCGGAAUAUCCCCAUCUACAAGGGAGUGCUGAGCACGCUGGUGCGCAUCUGGAAGCGCGAGGGUCGGAGGGGGUUGUAUCGCGGCUUGCCCGUCAGUCUGCUCAAGGCAGCGCCGGCGAGCGCCGUCACCAUGUGGGUGUACGAGCGAGCCAUGGCUGCCAUGUUGGCCAUGGAGGAGAUUCUGGAGUAGGGGUGCGGCAUGUACUAUUGAAUGUACCAUCUGUAUGCAUCAUUACAUGGGCGUAGACCGGUCAUCAAGGGUUGUUUUCCUGAAUUUAAGGUUUCUGCAAUGAAAUUGCUUCUUAUGGACAUUUUCUUGAUAUUUAGAAGUUGGCUACAAUACGUCGGGUCCUGGCAAGGCGGCCAAUCGGAG